GGAGAACACCGCCAUGGCUCUGUCCACUCUUCACCUCACUGCGCUUUGCUUUGCGCUUCUGCUGUGUCUGAUUGGUGGAGCACAGACUGAGGUUCCGCCCAGUUGCUUGGCCUCGGCUGGUGUCCCUGGCAACCCUGGACACAAUGGGCUCCCAGGCAGAGAUGGCAGGGAUGGAAAAGAUGGGAGAGAAGGAGUUUCAGGACCCAAGGGGGACAGAGGAGACCCAGGGCUGCCAGUCCCAGGACCUCCGGGUAAGAUGGGUCCUGCUGGGCCAGCUGGUCCUAUGGGGCAGAAGGGGGAAGUUGGGAUGCCAGGGCCUCUGAAAACAGAUGCUAGAAUUGAGUCCUUACAGCCAGAUGUUCAGACUAUGAGAUCCAGAUUGUCUAUUAUAGAAAAGGCUAUAGGACUACACAUCCUCAGAGUAGGAAUGAAAUACUAUGUUACAAAUAAAUUGCAAGACAAUUUUGAUGUUGGUCUGAAGUCCUGUGAAGAUUCCGGAGGAGAUGUUGUGUUGCCCAAAAAUGAAGAGGAGAACAAGGCUGUUGCGAAGAUGGUAUCAAUAUCAGGGGGACCCAUAUGGAUCAGGACAACAGACAGGGACACUGAAGGGACCUUCCUGGACACCGAUAACAGCACACUGAGCUUCACAAAAUGGGCACCAGGGGAGCCCAAUAAUGCUGAAAAUACUGAGCACUGUACCAAUGUCUAUGAUGACACAGGCCUCUGGAAUGAUGUGACCUGCAAUACCAAAUAUUACAUAGUAUGUGAAAUAGUAGACUAAGGAGUUUUUUAUUCAUCCAGUUGUUUUAUUGCUAGAUUAUUUUGUACUUAUUGGCAUGCAAUUCAUUUUAUCAUGCUAUUCCAAAUUUCAGGAGCUGAUUUUAGAAACUGACCACUCACCAAGAUGAUAAUAAAUUCAUGUAGAAAUUGUAAGACAAGCUUUUAAUAAUCAAGAUAAGAUAGAGCCUUUAAGUAAUAAAUCAAAGCCAGAUUGGGAUCAAAAUGCAUGUAAAAGCACAAACAAGAUUACAAAACUAUGAAAUAUCAAAGUUUUUUCAUUACUGGCUUAUGAUAAAUGAAAACAUCAGUUGAAGUAUCUUUGGGUCAUGCAGUAUGAAAGGUAUCUGACUGCAAAAUGGCAGUAACAUGAUUUGUAUAUGUGUAAAUAGUAUUCAAUUGUGUCCAUGUCUGACAUCAGAUCUUUGGAAGAAGGAUCUCUUAUAUGUUUUGGUUCACUUCAGAUGUGACCAGUUUUACUGAAUCCCGAAUAAAAUCGGCCUAUGCGU